AGAACCCGGAGGAGCAAGUGCUGCCGCUGCUGCCCGUGGUGCCUGAAGGAGCCGGUGCUACCGCUGCUGCCCGCGCCAUGGAGCGACCCUCGGACCCCCUGCGCGGGGUGCUGCGGUUCUGCUUUUCCCCCUCCACCCGGACCAGCCUGCUCCUGCUCCGGCUCGACGCCGCAGCGCUGCGGGCGCUGCAGGAGAGUCGGCGGGAACAGGUCCGGCCUGUGAUCGCCUUCCAGGGCCCCCGAGGGUAUCUGAGGCUCACAGGCCCCGGCUGGUCCUGCCUCUUCUCCUUCGUAGUGUCCCAGUGUGGCCAGGAGGGGGCUGGCGGUGAGUUGGACCUCUUGUGCCAGCGCGUGGACAGAUCCGGGGCCAACCGCCUCCACUGCCUGGGCCCACUCAGGGAGCGCCUCACUAUUUGGGCAGGGAUGGAUUCCCUCCCAGGCCCAUCCUCAGUUCAGGGACGCAACGUGACUGAAGAAGACAGGGAUCCGGAGGCUCGGAGGAGCGUGCGAGAUUAUUCCGAAGUAGAUGCACUGGUGUCACAGCCACAGACUGCCCCAGAAGAGGUGUCAGAUCCACUGGCAAGCAACCAAGGACAGUCACUCCCAGGACCCUUGAGGGAGCAGCCAGUAGAGUGGGAAGUGAGGAAGCAGAACCAUCUUCCAAAGAGAGAGCCUGAUCAGGCGCUGCCUUCCUCUGCCGGCCAGAAGUGUCUGGAGAAGAAACGUCCAGCACCAGAAGACACCGAAAAGCUAGAAGAAAAGAGGCUCAGAGUUCUGUCUCCAGUGCCAAGCCCCCUCCAAGGGUUGUCCAGUCGGGACUUACAGGAAGAUUGGGAGCAGGAAGAUAAAGAUGAAAAUACAGGGCCCCGGCUGGAGCGCAGCCCCUCAGCUCAAGCAGGCUCUGAAUCCCCAAGCCCCGAACAGGUGCCAGAUUACCUCCUGCAGUACAGGACCAUCCACAGUACAGAGCAGCAGCGGGCCUAUGAACAAGACUUUGAGGCAGAUUAUGCCGAGUACCGCAUCCUCCAUGCUCGGGUGGGGACUGCCAGCCAAAGGUUCAUAGAGCUGGGAGCAGAGAUCAAGAGAGUUCAGCCAGGAACUCCAGAACACAAGGUGCUGGAAAAUAAGAUAGUCCAGGAAUAUAAAAAGUUCAGAAAGCGGUACCCAGGUUACAGGGAAGAAAAGCACCGCUGUGAGUACCUGCAUCAGAAACUGUCCCACAUAAAAGGUCUCAUCCUGGAGUCUGAGGGAAAGAACUGGGGCAGCUGAGGCUGUCGAGGCCUCUUCACCUUCUGUUCAGUGAGAUAGGAACAAAGCAGCUGCAAAACUAGAGUGCAACUAUCUGUCCUUAUGCUUGAGCCCACAGAGGCAAGUAGAGCUGCGCUAGGUUCUUGACCUGUGAUAUUGUUGCUGUAUUUUAAUUUCUUUGGCGUGGGCACAGUGCCAAGGCUCCUCAGCUGUGCCCAAGAGAUGAGAGAUUGUAGCAGACCUGGCUUUUUCACCAAGUCAUUUUUAAAUCCUGGGAAAUAACAUCAUUUCCAGGACAAGAUACCUUGAGGAUAACAGAUGAACUAAGUGAAUUUGGCCCAGUAUCCUCCAGAGGAAAAAAAAAGAGAAAAUUUUUGUUAAAUCAAAAGGAAUUUGUAACUGGAUAUGGUGAUGCAUGCCUGUAAUCCUAGCACUUGCACUCCAGAGGCUGAGGC